AUCUAUUUAUUAAUUUCUUGAAUAUGUCCUACGUAUAUCGUAUUGCAAAUUACGUAUUUACAUACAACUGACAGAAAAUUAACAGAAAAAUUUACCAGAUGUUUCCUGUGUGUUCCCCAUUCUUAAACAGUCAAUGCUAUAUUUCUGAGUAUUAUAAUUAUCGAUCAGACAUGCGUCUCUCUCGGAAAGCACAACCCUAUACGUUCACCAAAGAUUCGCGCACGCGCCCGUUCGAACAUAAUUCCAGUGCAUCACCCAUCAUAGUCAGUGCAUUGUCCGCCUCCGCGAAACAAUCAUGAUAUACUCCGAGCGUAUACCAACAAGCAUCAAAUUUACAUAUAAGAACAAUAACGAUUAUAGUCUUCAAUUGACUCGUUGGUUCUUGACGCCAAUUGCCGCCUGGCCACGAAUAUGUACAUCGACCAUCGAUAGGGUUUCUUUACAGGCACAUAUUCUCUCUUGCUUAUCCCUGAUAACAAUUAUCAUGGUGCCGUGUUUGUUAUACGUAUCAUUAGAGGAGAAAGAUAUUCAGAUUAAGUUAAGUGUUAUGGGUCCGCUGAGUCAUUGGAUCAUGGGUACCAUUAAUUACUGGCUGCUACUUAUGCGCAGCGAGGAUAUUCGCGAAUGCGUGCGACACAUGGAGACGGAUUGGAAGCUUGUUCGAAGGAUCGACGAUCAAGAAGUGAUGCUACGAUACGCCAAGAUUGGUCGUUUCAUAGCCGGAUUUUGUGCGGUGUUUAUGCAGAGCGGAACGUUGCUUUUUGUCGUAGCCAAAGCGAUGACAUCUAUUACUAUUCUCGUGGGCAACGUAACAACAUCGAUGCAUCCGAUGACUUGUCCGAUUUACACCAAAUUUAUAGACACGAGAUUCAGUCCUGCAAAUGAGAUCAUGUUAGCUGUGGAACUAUUAUCGUGUUUUAUAGUGAAUUCGAUUACGGUGGGCGCUUGCAGUCUCGCUGCAGUUUUCGCGAUGCACGCUUACGGUCAACUGAAUAUGCUAUUCUCGUGGUUAAAUAAACUUGUUGCGGAUGAGGAAAACGAAUAUGCUGAUCAGAAAUUGGCUGCUAUUGUGGAGCAUCAUUUAAGAGUGCUAAGUUUUAUAUCGCGUAUGGAAAAUAUUAUGCAAAAUAUUUGCCUCGUGGAAUUGGUGGGAUGUACAAUAAAUAUGUGUUUACUUGCAUAUUACUUUAUUACGAACUGGAAUAUAUUUGAUGCAGGAAAAUUGAUAUCACUUGUCAUUAUAUACCUAUCUAUGGCUUUCAAUAUUUUCGUAUUUUGUUACAUCGGUGAGACUCUCACAGAACAGUGCAAAAAUGUUGGUGAAAAGGCAUAUAUGAUUAAUUGGUAUGAAUUACCACACGAAACGGCUCUUGAUCUUGUUUUGAUAAUAGCACGGUCAAAUAAUGUUAUCAGAUUAACUGCUGGAAAAUUAUUUCAAUUGUCUAUCGCAACUUUCGGUGACCGACGAUAUCCGCGAAUGCGUGCGACAUAUGGAGAUGGAUUGGAAGUUGGUUCGAAGGAUCGACGACCAAGAUAUGAUGCUACGAUACGCCAAGAUUGGUCGUUUCAUCGCUGGAUUUUGUGCGGUGUUUAUGCAGAGCGGGACGUUCCUUUUUGUCAUAGCCAAAGCGAUGACAUCUAUUACUAUUCUCGUGGGCAACGUAACGACAUCGAUGCACCCGAUGACUUGUCCGAUUUACACUAAAUUUAUAGACACAAGAUUCAGUCCUGCAAAUGAGAUCAUGCUAGUUGUGGAGCUAUUAUCGUGUUUUAUUGUGAAUUCAAUUACGGUGGG